UUCCCUCUCUCAGGCCAUUAAAUCUCUCUGGCUCUCUUCUCUCAUUUCCUUGUCUGAAUUUAUUUCUCUUUCUGUGUCUCUCUCCUUCUCUCUCUCUCUCUCUCUCUCACUCUCUCUCUCUCUAUCAAAGCCUCUAAGGCAUUAUCUCUCACUAAAGUUUAUUCUCAUUCUGAGUAGGUCGGUCGUGAUCUCUAUCUAAUUUAAUUUGCCUUAAAAUGGCUUCAUAUACUCCAAAGAACAUCCUUAUAACUGGAGCUGCUGGAUUCAUUGCAUCCCAUGUUGCUAAUCGCCUCAUCCGCAAUUACCCUGACUACAAGAUUGUUGUGCUUGACAAGCUUGAUUACUGCUCAAAUUUGAAGAAUCUCCUUCCAUCUAAGUCAUCACCCAACUUCAAAUUUGUUAAGGGGGACAUUGGCAGUGCUGACCUUGUCAACUUUCUACUCAUUACCGAGUCCAUAGACACUAUAAUGCACUUUGCUGCCCAGACCCAUGUUGACAAUUCCUUUGGUAAUAGCUUCGAGUUCACAAAAAAUAACAUCUAUGGCACCCAUGUCCUUCUAGAAGCAUGCAAAGUCACUGGUCAGAUCAGGAGGUUCAUCCAUGUAAGCACAGAUGAGGUCUAUGGUGAGACUGAUGAGGAUGCUGUUGUAGGAAACCAUGAAGCUUCUCAGCUUCUUCCCACAAAUCCAUACUCUGCAACAAAAGCUGGAGCAGAAAUGCUUGUUAUGGCAUAUGGAAGGUCAUAUGGUUUACCUGUGAUAACAACCCGUGGAAACAAUGUUUACGGGCCUAAUCAGUUUCCUGAAAAAUUAAUUCCAAAGUUCAUCCUCUUGGCAAUGGAGGGGAAGCCUCUUCCAAUUCAUGGGGAUGGUUCUAACGUGAGGAGUUAUUUAUACUGUGAGGAUGUUGCUGAGGCAUUCGAAGUCAUUCUUCAUAAAGGAGAGGUUGGGCAUGUCUACAAUAUUGGGACAAAGAAAGAAAGGAGAGUUAUUGAUGUGGCCAAGGAUAUAUGCAGGCUUUUCUCAAUGGACCCAGAAACAAGCAUCAAGUUUGUAGAGAACAGGCCAUUUAAUGACCAAAGGUACUUUCUAGAUGAUCAGAAGCUGAACAACUUGGGGUGGACGGAACAGACAUUAUGGGAAGAGGGAUUAAAGAAGACUAUAGAGUGGUACACCAAAAAUCCUGAUUGGUGGGGUGAUGUAUCUGGAGCACUGCUUCCUCAUCCAAGGAUGCUGAUGAUGCCAGGUGGGAGGCAUUUUGAUGGGUCUGAAGAAGGGAAAUCUGCAAAUUAUAGCUCAAGUAAUACCAAAAUGGUGGUACCAUCGUCCAAAACCGGUGGCUCUCCCCUUAAACCUUCAUUGAAAUUCUUGAUCUAUGGUAGGACUGGUUGGAUUGGGGGUCUCCUUGGGGUGCUAUGUGAGAAACAAGGAAUUUCAUUUGAAUAUGGAAGAGGACGUCUUGAGGAUCGGUCAUCGCUCCUGGCAGAUAUUCAAAAUGUUAAACCAACCCAUGUGUUCAAUGCUGCAGGUGUCACCGGUAGACCCAAUGUGGACUGGUGUGAAUCUCAUAAAGCAGAAACAAUCCGUGCCAAUGUUGCUGGAACGUUGACCUUAGCAGAUGUCUGCAGAGAACAUGGGCUCCUAAUGAUGAAUUUUGCCACUGGAUGUAUCUUUGAAUAUGAUGCUGCACACCCAGAAGGCUCUGGCAUCGGAUUUAAAGAAGAAGACAAGCCUAACUUCACCGGUUCCUUUUAUUCAAAAACUAAGGCCAUGGUUGAAGAGCUGCUGAAAGAAUAUGACAAUGUCUGCACUCUCAGAGUUCGAAUGCCUAUAUCAUCUGAUUUGAACAACCCUCGCAACUUCAUUACAAAGAUCUCUCGUUAUAACAAGGUGGUUAAUAUUCCUAAUAGCAUGACUGUCUUGGAUGAACUUCUACCCAUUUCAAUCGAGAUGGCCAAGCGGAACUUGAAGGGCAUAUGGAACUUCACAAACCCAGGGGUUGUGAGCCAUAAUGAGAUUUUGGAGCUGUACAAACAAUACAUUGACCCAUCAUUCAAGUGGGCUAACUUUACUCUAGAAGAGCAAGCCAAGGUGAUAGUGGCCCCUCGAAGCAACAAUGAGAUGGAUGCAUCCAAGUUAAAGAGCGAGUUUCCUGAGUUGCUUUCAAUCAAGGAGUCGCUGAUUAAGUAUGUCUACGAACCAAACAAGAAAACCUAAGCAGAAUGGAUACUAUUGUGGUUUAGACCUCAGGAUUGACCGCUGUGUCUUCCAUUAGGUGAUUUUACAGAUUUACCUCUACAAAUUUAGUCAGUUUUGCUCUUAAUUUCUGCUAUUGUAGAAGGGGAUGGAUGGUUAUAAUACUAUUAGAUUUGCAUCUUUCAGUUUUGUUUUCCGGAAUGUAUUUUAGUUUGCUUUCUGCCACUUUUUUUUGAAGAACUUUCAAUAGGGUUCUUUAAAUAGAUGGAAGUCAUCCGCAAGAAAUGCGGUUGUGUAACUUUUGCAGUCCCUUAGAUUAUUUGUGUUGUUAAAUUCUUUUGUUACCCAAGCUUAUAGAAUGUAUCCAAGAUUGUAUUGCUAUUUUUAUUUGCUAAUCAAUAUUAUAUACGGUCAUUAUUUUUUUCUUCA